AUGGCUGCGGGCAAGGACAUCACCCUUACUUACCACAUUGAAAAUAUCGCUCCUGUUCAGAGCCUCACUGUAAAGUGGUUCAAACAACGCACUGUUGAUGGAAGCACUAUUCCACUGUUGGAUGAUGAACGACACCAGAGCAGCAUCAGUAUUGGUCCUCAAAAUCUUACCAGUGACUACAUGAUUACUCCUCAUAUAUCAGAUAAUGGAGCACAAUAUUGGUGUGAGGCAGAGCUGGAUUAUUAUGGAGAUUCAGCUUCAGCUGACUGCAGCACGUUCGUAACUCACAACGGAUUUGGCUGGAAUUCUACUCUUGGACCUACUGUUACCAGUGACCUCCUGAUUGCUCCUAAAAUAUCAGAUAAUGGAACACAAUUUUGGUGUGAAGCAGAGCUGGACUUAGGGCCAGGAGGACCCCCUAAACUGACUUCAGCCCCACUCACCAUCAUCGUGGCCUGACAUUCACUUAAGCUCAGAUGAAUCAUCCUGCAGGGUGGCUGUCCAAUUGACAUCAGCCCUUCCACUCUGGUGGUGAGGUAUGGAGAUUCAGCUUCAGCUGACUGCCGUGUAUUAAUACCUCAUAACGGAAUUGGCUGGAAUUCUACUCUUGGACCUGUAAGCAAAGUGAGGGAUAUCCAACAUGUCACCUGGAGCGUGGAGAGCCUGACAGAGUGCUGA